AUGCAACAAGCUUUGAACCAGGCGGCUUUGCCUCGACCGCCAAGACUUCCGGCUUGUCAAAGCUGCGCCCAGAAAAAGACAAAGUGUGAUAAUUCUAGACCCAAAUGUUCUUUGUGCGCUCGAAAUGGUACCGAGUGUGUAAUCGGCUCGGGCGAUGAAAAAGUCUCAAGGGCGUUCAUUGAUGAGUUAGAGCAGAAGGAGCAAUCUCUUGCUCUCCAGUUGCGCAACCUAGAGUCGGACCCUGUUGAUCCUGUGCAAAUGCUCAGCCCCGAAGAGACACAGAAUGCAAGGUCGGUCGCUGGUUCUUCGCCAGUUGCACGAGGGGGAGCAGGUCUUGGCUUCGUCGCACACCUCUUUGCAGAUGCAAACUGGAGGAAAUCUCACGCCAAUCUGCUUCGAACAUUGGCAGACGUUCCCGGGGCUGCAGAAGCCUCGAUCGCUCCGUGUUCUUUGCCUUCUGCUGUGGAAGCACGGAAGCUUUUUGACAACUUGAGCUGGUCGCAUAUUCAAAACCCAUUCCUGCUUCGUCGAGAGGUCUGGGCACUGUAUCGCCGUCUAUUCACCACCCCCAACGGAACACGGGAUGACCUUGACUCGGACCUGUUUCGGGCAUUCAUGAUCUGUGCCAUUGCAUCGGUGCUUCCAUAUAGGAACGGCUUUCAUCAUCAGCACCCCGAAGGAUACUAUCAUGCAGCGUUGCAGCAUCUGGGACUAGAGCUCUUGACAAGAGGCGUUGACUCUGUGCAAGAUUUGCUGCUCGUGUGCAGAUUUGGCAUUUACCAUCCGAUAGGAACCUCCAUCUGGGACGUUGUUCGGCUUUGUGGACGUCUUUGCAUUGAGCUUGGGCUCCAUACCGAGGCGGGAGACCACCUUGAUCUCUUGGAACAGCAACGAAGGCGACGGGUUUUCUGGCAGUUCUACCUGAUUGACAGAUACAGCUCGACAACUUUGGAUAGGCCAUUCUUAAUCGAUGACCGCGAUAUAGAGGCCAAAUUCCCCAUCGAAGCUACCGACGAAGAGAUUGAGGCUGCAAGCCCAGACUUGCGAGACCUGGAUUCGUUCUGCCGCACACAGAACUCUGCGGCGCCAAGCGAAAUGACUAUCUUCUUUGUCUCGGUGCGGCUGAGGCAGAUAUCUUCGCACAUCCAGACAGAGUUCUCGCGACUCAAGCGGGAGCAUGGGGAGUCUUCUCCCCGGCACUUGAUGGCAGGACACGUCCAUGUGGUCCUGAACAAGCUCCUUCAAGAGCUCGAGAACUGGCGGAAAAAUACACCGAUGAUCCAAGACCCAUCUUGCCUCUACGAGACUCAAGAGUGGUAUGACCUGCUGCAUGCAAGAGAGCGACUUUCGGUUGUACGGCGGGCGAUUGAUCUCGUACCAAAGGUGAACGGCUCGCCGUCGAAGCAGAUCCUGGCCUUGUUCCUGAAAUCUGCACUCCAGACGAUAGAGCGAUACUGCAUCCUCUGCCAGAUGAGAGACCUGAUGACGCACACCCGCAGCUACUUUCACAUGCUCUUCACAGCAGGGCUGUCGGUCAUGUAUUGCAUCUCUGUGCCGAAAAGCAUCGACCGAGAGGAUCUGCGAGCGUCCUAUGAGGGCUUGAUCAGGUGCGAGGAAACUUUGGUCAGUAUGGCAAGACAACUGCCAGAUGCACAUAAUUAUGUCGCCGUUUUCGAGGCCCUUCGGUGUGAUAUCUCGAGAAAGUUGCGACCCAACAUGGACAUGACUACUGUUGGUAGUGCGGCUGACGGGUCACUCACGAUCGGGGACCUCACGAACCUUCUACCAACAGCAGAACCAGGAUCAAUGUCAGCGAAUCUAGGCAAUGUGGCAUUCUUGCCAUCUCAGUCCCAGGGCUUCAACCAGACGUCAAAUGGCGGGGUACAGCUCGCAGAUGCAAUGGAUCAGGUCACAGGUGGAACACAGCCUGACGGUGCCAGCUACCAAGACGGAUCCUCGACGGUGGACUUGAUGAAUUGGGCCCUUCUCAAUUACGAUUCUUUGUGGAAUAUGGAGUCUGCGCUGGGAGAAUACGUGUACGGGGAUCCUACCAACGCUGGGAUUUGGGAGGGUUUUGAGUUUUAG